AUGAAAAAAGAAAAACAACAACCAGUAGUAGUAGUAGAAGAUGAAGACGAUGAAAUAGAAUCAGUAAAGGGACCGACAAGAUCAAGUCCCUUUCAUUUACUUGGAGCAUUUUGUUUUAUUAUGGCGAUUAUAGCAGCGAUCAUAUGUUGUCUUAAUCCUCAUCUACAUGUACGGCAUUCGUCGUGGCGAGGACAGCGCCGCCAGCGUCGUCGAGCGCUACCAAGACAACAUCUACUCGGUGCUGUGGUUCCUCGUCAACACUCUCUACUUUCCCGUCAUCACAAUGAUGUUGACCGGCACCAGUUGCACGUUUGCCGACAAGGAAGUUCCGCUGCUCGACGCCAACAGCAGCAUCGUGUGUCUCGAGGGCAAGCACAUUGCAUUGCUCGUGUGUACCAUGAUUGCGCUCAUCAUCUACUACCCCGCCGCCUCAUUUGCUCAGUCGCAGACUCAAAACAUCUCAGACAUCAAGUUCAAACCAAAGGUGGUGUUUGUCAUGUUGCAAGUUUCUGGGCAUCCAUCGUAUUGGUCAUUGCACACAGCAUAUACUAUGGCGACGGAAAGAUCGACAAGACCAAGGUCCUCCCACUCAUCCUCUUGCUCGUCGGUUGGGCCUUUAUCAUUUUGGUGCUCGUCACCUUCUUUUAUGGCAAGGAAAGGGUCAGAGGUUACGUUGACCAAUGUAUCCCAUCACGUCGUGGUCGCAACAACAACAACAACAAUAAUAAUCAAAAGGACAAUCAAAGCGGAGCCAAUAAUGAAAAUGAAUUGGAAGAUUUUACUAGCGAUUCUUCAAACUCUCCUCCACAUACUCCAAAGAAACAUACUAGUUCAACGACAAAUCAUUCUCCUCGUCAUCAUCAAUCUUCCAGUACUGGAACAACUACUGCACCACCACCAAUUACCAUUCCACAACAACAAGUUCCAAAUUCAAUUAAUAUUAAUUCAGAAAAUUCCAAUAAUAAUAAUAAUAAUAAUAACAGUCAUGUAUUAGGUACUCUUAUAGAAGAUUCAGAUUCUGAUGAUAAUAAUAUCCCCGUAAAGAAAUAA